CCACUUCUCCAACCUUUCCCCACGUCAUCGCUACACACACAAAACGCCUCUACCUUCACCCUUCAACCUGGUCUUUCACAAGACAUAUCAACAACCAUGCUCCGAACAACCUUCCGCCAGACGGCCACCUUCCGGCCCGUUCGAUGCUUCUCGACCACCCCCCGCGUCAUGACCGAGGGUGCUACCGGUGCUCCUCCCAAGACCGGCGGUCCUGGUGACGCCUUCCAGCGACGAGAGAAGGCCAACGAGGACUACGCCAUCCGCCAGCGCGAGAAGGAGAAGCUCAUUGAGCUCAAGAAGAAGCUCCAGGAGCAGCAGCAGCACCUCGAGCGCCUCUCCAAGCACAUGUACGUCCCCUCCAACCACCCAAUUGAUGCGCCAGGCGACCCCUUUACUGACUUGUCCGUCAACAGCGACGAGAUCACCAAGGAGCAGGGCGGCGAGCAGAACUAA